AUGAUCAGUAUCGAAGAAUAUUUUUCCGUGCAAGCAUUCCUUAUAAUCUUGCGAGAGACCCUCGAGUCGGCAAUUAUCAUUUCAGUGUUGCUCGCCUUUCUCCACCAGACCUUCAUCGGGAAAGCCAAAGUCACCACAGAAUCAACCGAUAUCAUGUACCAAAUGCCUGAUCUCGCCUUGUACAAGUCGCUAAAGGUACAAGUUUGGAUUGGUGGGUUGCUCGGGAUCGCGUGUUGCUUGGUCAUUGGUGCGGUUAUAUUAGCUGUGUUUUAUAUUUUGGGGAACGACUUGUGGGCCAUUGCAGAACAUUAUUGGGAAGGCACGUUUUCGAUCUUUGCCAGUGUAAUUAUUUCGGUUAUGGGGAUCAAGAUCCUUCGUGUCAAUAAAAUGCAGGAAAAGUGGAAGUAUAAAUUGGGUAAGAUCUUCAAUAGAUCGGGGUAUUUGAACGUUAAUAGAGGCAGUAUACUCAAUAGGAAUGAGAGUUGGGUAAGCAAACUUGAAGCUUUAGCUGAAAAGUAUAAUAUGUUUAUUCUUCCAUUUGUUACUACUUUAAGAGAAGGUAUGGAGGCAAUUGUAUUCCUUGGUGGUAUUGGAAUCAAUGAAAACACAUCUGUACUCGCCCUUGUGAAUUCGGCUAUAGCUGCACUCGUUAUUGGGUCUAGUAUUGGGGUGGUAUUGUACAGAUCAGGAAACACGCUUUCCUUACAGUGGUUCUUGGUCAGUUCUACAUGUUUCUUGUACUUGGUUGCUGCUGGAUUAUUCUCCAAAGGUGUUUGGAAUUUUGAAUUGCAAAGUUUUAUUAAUUCGUGUGGUGGAUUAGAUGUUAGUGAAACCGGCCAUGGACCAGGUUCUUAUGAUAUAAACAGAAGUGUAUGGCAUGUAAAUUGCUGUAAUGGAGAAAUGCAAGAGGAUGGAGCAUUCUGGAUGAUUUUCACUGCAAUUUUCGGAUGGACCAAUUCCGCCACUUAUGGAAGUGUGAUUGCUUAUAACAUUUACUGGGCGGUAGUGAUUACUGUGUUUAGUGCGUUGAUCUACGAAGAAAAACAUGGGUAUUUGCCAUUGAUUCCAGUUUCAUGGCAAGCAAGAAGAGCUCGUAAGAGAAAUUACCAAGCACUUGAAUCUGAUGCAGAACCUAGAGUAAGUACAUCCUCUAUCAACUCGGAAACUCCAUUGAAAUGA